AUGAUUAGAUUUGCCGGUAAGAAUUUACAGAAUAUGAAGCCCUGGAUUCGUUCCAGUAGAUUGGCGUCGACAUUGGCCUUUAUCGAGACCACGAAAGAAGGUGCUAUCGUACCAUCCUCAUUGAGUGCAUUGAACGCUGCUCAACAAUUGGGUAAUGACAUAACAGCUAUUUUACUAGGGUCUCAGGCGUCCGCUGCUGCCAAUACGUUGAAGUCCUCAAUCCAAUGCUCAAAGCUGAACAAAGUGCUUGUCUCUGGGGACGCAGCAUAUGACCACUACUUGCCUGAGAAGGUUACACCACUGAUAGUUAACUUAUUGGAGGGUGAAGACUACUCCCAUUUCGUGGUUGCCAGUUCUGCAGUUGGUAAGAACCUCUUACCUCGUGUAGGUGCAUUGCUAGAUUAUCAACCAGUGUGUGACAUUACCAAGAUCUUGGAUCCAAAAACUUUUGUCAGACCAAUUUAUGCUGGUAAUGCGAUUGAGACUGUCGAAAAUACUCAAGCAAAGACUCUUCUGAGUGUUAGGGCUUCUGCCUUUGAUGCUAUCAUAGCAGGUAAAUCCGACAAGGCUACUAUCGAAGAUGUAGGUUCUGAAGAACACAGUGGUGGUGAUGUCAAAUGGGAAAAUGCUAAACUAGUCGAGAGCGAAAGACCGGAUCUAUCCUCUGCGUCUACCAUCGUUGCAGGUGGUCGCGCUUUGAAAGAUAAAGCUACAUUCGACAAAAUACUUCUUCCACUUGCUGACACUCUUAAGGCAGGCAUAGGUGCCACUAGAGCUGCUGUAGACAGUGGGUUCUGUGAUAAUUCCCUGCAAAUUGGUCAAACUGGUAAAGUUGUCGCUCCAGACCUUUACAUUGCCGUCGGUAUCUCCGGUGCCAUCCAGCAUCUGGCCGGUAUGAAAGACUCCAAGAAGAUUGUUGCCAUUAACAGUGAUCCAGAUGCUCCAAUAUUCAAGGUAGCCGAUUACGGUUUAGAAGGUGAUAUCUACGAAAUCGUACCAGAGCUGACUGAGAAAUUGAAGCAACUACAGCAUUAA